AUGUCCCGUUACAACCAAACGCAUGCAGGCUACGCUCAGACCUUCAAGCUGGUCGUUGUGGGUGGUGGAGGCGUUGGCAAAUCGGCUAUCACAAUCCAAUUCAUUCAGAGUUAUUUUGUAACCGACUAUGAUCCCACGAUCGAAGAUUCUUACACCAAACAAUGCGUCAUCGACGAUAUGCCAGCUAAACUAGAUAUUCUUGACACGGCCGGGCAGGAGGAGUUCAGUGCAAUGCGUGAGCAGUACAUGCGUUCCGGUGAGGGAUUUUUGUUAGUAUUUGCCGUUACGGAUCACGCCAGCUUUGACGAGAUAUACAAAUUCCACAAACAAAUACUGCGUGUGAAGGAUCGAGAUGAAUUUCCGAUGUUGAUGGUAGGCAACAAGUCAGAUCUUGAUCACCAACGGGUCGUUUCGCUGGAGGAAGCGCAACAGCUGAGCCGACAGCUAAAAAUCCCUUACAUCGAGUGCAGUGCGAAGCUGCGUAUUAACGUCGAUCAAGCGUUCCACGAGCUGGUGCGAGUAGUACGAAAGUUUCAGCUCUCCGAGCGUCCGCUCAUUGACGAAAAGGGCAAACGGAAAAACAGAAAAAAGUGCUGUAUCCUGUAGACACGCAUCCCACAAGCGGAAUUGAUUUUUACUUCUGAUGGUACUUUGAAACCACAGCAUCCUCAUCGGUCUUUGCAACUAACUGAAACGAUAAAUGCGAGCAGUUUCUUCGUUGAUUGAUCACUCCAUGAUUUUGAAUGGAAAUCAUUUCUUGGUAAACUAGCUAAGGCCUACUAUAGGGGUGUAAAAUUACAAGAUCACGAUAGAACGCAUUAAGAGAAUCCCUUAAUAACACGUGUGUGUGACUAGAAUGCUAAUCUAAUAGAAUGCAAGGUAGAAUGUGGGAUGUUUUUGUGCCAAAGUGCCCAAGUCCUGCUGUAAGCGGGAUAAACAUACAACUGACUAUGAGAUACAACAUCAAAAAGAAACUUAUCGAACUUAACUCACACAUUUCAACCGUGAAUUAACUGCCAGCAGUGCCGGCAGUAUGUCGGCGUAUUUAUUUAAAUUUUUAUAAUUGUUUUCUGUCGCCAAAUGCGAUAUUUCGCUUGUGUCCUUUUUUUAUUGCAGUUUUUAUUAAAAAGCCAUUAUGCUGUGCCAUAAGCAACUUUUGAAAUAUCGCACAAAUGAUUCUACAUUGCCAUUUCAUUUCAUGAUAAGUACGAGCAAGUGAGUCGAAAAUCAAUCAAUCAAAAUUAUCCAUUAGCUCUUUGGCUAUACUUUCCUAUACGAUUCCCAUGUUCUUUUUUUAAGAUCGCAAAUUUCGAUCGCUACAAUUUUUCAAAUAUGGUCGAAUCAUGAUUUUUGUUCUGUCAUGUUACGUCGAUGAGUGUAUUUUACAGCACUCUCCUACAAAUGCAUCGGUGCACAAUACAACAAUGGCAAACCUGCAUAUAUCAUCUACGAAUUUGAUAACGCGGACGUGUUUAAACUCAAAAUAUCGAAAGACUUAUUCAUAGUUAGCUAAGUGUUAAACUUGAGAAAAGUAAUGGGCCUUCAUAGAAGAAGGUAGUUGCAAUAUACACAAGCACGGAUCAAGUUCUGAUGCAGAACAAUAAUCUAAUCAAGCGAGACGGAAAGAGUAAGAAGUUGUUGAGUCAUUGAAAUCAAACGUAUGAUCCGCGUUGUAUCGAUGCGGGUACGUGUUCUAGGCGAGGAUCAUGCUAGUACAAUAUCGACACAAACCGCAGUCGUAGUAAUUUAAUACAAAUUAUUUGUAUAACAUAACUGCAUAUAGCCAAGAAAACAGUGUCUAUUAACCAAAACAAUAACGAAACGUUAAUGAUUAGCUUUAAAUGUGCUUCGACAAAUUUAACGCUGCAAAAAGUGAGAUGUGUAGUGACAGGAAAACCAAGCAAAACCAAUAAGAUCAUUACAAUGUUUUAACAAUUUUGUAACUGUUUUAACGAAUUGCACAAGAUAAGGCGAGAUACAGAUGAUUUCUGCUUAAAGUUUUAAACGUAUACAGUUUUCUCACAUUUGGUUGGGAGAAUAUUUUUAAACAGUUCACGCAUCGGUGCUAAAUUUUGUAAGUAGUCGAAAAUGAUGUAGCAAUGUUGAUUGCCAAAUGGUCUUAUCUUUGAAAAAGAUUUUUAAUGAACAGUGUCAGAAUAAUAUUUUUUACGUUUUAAUUUUUAUAUCGUUUGUAGGAAUGAUCGUUAAUCAAAUAUAUUUACUGGAUUUUAAUCUACUAAU